AUGCCGCACCCCACAUCCCACUUUUUGUUGCUGCUGCCACUGUUGCUGCUGGGGACUGCUACCACGGCUCCCCUGGCCAGCAGUCCCUCCAAAAGGGAGCUGGCCCGCUGUCUGGCAGAGGUCCUGAGCCUGGGCUGGGUGCACAGGGGGCCAUGCACGGCUCUUCUCUACAAAGAGAUAUGCGAGAAGGAGCCCCAUGGCUGUGGGUCCCAAGAGGAGAAAGGGGUGAGUGGGGACUUGAAGGAGGAAGAGGAGGAGACUGGGAAGAUCAAGUCGGACCAGGAGGUGAGGGAUGAGGAAGAGGAGGCGGCAGAGAGGACACACAAAUCUGAAGUCCAGGAAGAGAUACUCCAUGAACAGCAUGGCCGGCUCCAUCAGGAGAAAGAAGAGGAGGAAAAGAAGAGACAGCCUGGGGAGACCUUUGAAGAGCUGUGGAAGCAGCGGCUGGAGGGUGCUGGGGGCCCCCAAAAGCGGGUGGCAGAGAAAGCCAGCCAUGAGCAGUCUGCCCAGUUCCAGGCAGAGAAGAGCACGAAGAUGCAAGGCGGCGACCACAGCUUGUGGCAGCAGGGUCAGAGGGGUGAGGGGGAGAGGCCUGAGGACACCCCCCACCUUCAUCACCACCAGGAGGAAGAGGAGGAGGAAGAGGCCUCAGAACAGGAGGAGCGGGAGGAGGAGCGGCUGGAACGCGUGCGGGACGAACUGAAGAAGGCCACAGCCAUGCUAGGGGAAGAGCUGAGGAGGGAGGGCUGACCCCGGCCCCAUGCGUCCCCCCCCACUCACGUACCCCUCUGCUUCAGGACUGUUGAUACCAGCUCCCCACCCCACCCCCACACACUUUACCCGACACCCACUCACCCUGAC